AUGUCACCUGGCGAUUCGGCACUCGACUAUGCAAAAAGACAAGCCGGCAAUGUGAGCUCUCAAGCUCCGUCCCGCCCUUCCAGCGAGAAUGACGCGAACGGCACCGUCUCGACUUCGAACGAGCAUCCCUCAAACGAAGCGGGACCCUCGCGACCUCGAUCCAUGGGAAGCGAGCGAUCCGCUUCGCCCCAGCAAGGAACGACGCCGAAAGUGCCCACCAAGCGAAGGAGGCUCAAUGCAGAGCUCGCUUUUUCCAGUCCAGGUCCAGCUUUCCAAGUUGAGCAGCACGGAAGUGAAGCUCAAAGCGACAGCAAUGACAGCUCUGGAAGGGCGCGUCGGCCGCGUCGCAGCACCACACUCACCAAAAGUGGCAGCAACGAAUCGCAGGAUCGUCGUUCAUCGGCUCAUAUCCCCAAACGGAAAGAAGAGGCCGGCGAGUCGAGAAACCUGGCCGAGUCGGUCCCAAAGAACAAGCUCAAACUCAAUAAUGGCAAAGCAAGAGCGUCAGAUGAAGUGGAAUUACGCGAGUCUUCGCUCAGUUUGGUCCUUCCCAGUCGAUCUAGAUCGAGGAGCAAAUCGGUGGUCAAACUCGAGCCCGAUCAAGAUUCGGCGUUUCCACAGGAGGUUGCCACGCCCACUUUGCAACCAACUCGUCCAAAACCGCAAAUCACACCGUUGACUGCGCUCAACCCACAGGCCGCUCUAUCUGAGAUCCUCGCUCGUAGACGGAGCGAAAGAAUCGCUUUAGCGCAGUCGGAUCUCGAAGACGUUCAUGAUGGUCACGACAUGCUCGUCCGAGAGCUCUUCCACCUCACCAAAUUCGUUACCAUGGUCGGCUACGAUCCUGAUGUUGCUCGCACCGAUCAAAGCGACGUCUUCACCACUUUCAAGCAUGCACAUGACCUUCGCUUCAGUCUCGAUGAUUCAGGUUCCGGGGCUGAAGCGUCGACUGCGGCACGUGUCACUCGAAGGCGGGUGAAUGCCAGACUCGAAAGCCUCUCCCUCAAGCGUCCGGAUCCUCCAAGCACUCCCUCCACACCAAGCUUUUCCAAAGUCAAGGUUGACGACGACAAGAAAUCUGCUCCAGAAGGCAGACGAAACAGACGGUUUUCGAGCGUCACGGGUGCUCAGCCUCGUGUCAAUGGCGCGCACACGUUGGAGACCGGACACAGUGACGAUACGGACGACUCGAGUGAGGAGGAGGAUAGCGAAGGCUCGGACCUCGACGCAUACAGCCCUGACGGUAGAGAAAAAGGCGACGCGAAGGACUACAACGCUUCACGGAAGGGUGAUGCCAAGCGGGCUCGGCUUUCAUCUACACCGCACAAACGACAUCGUGCCAAGGUGCAAGAUGCCUCAUCUAACGCACCCGUCAAGCGCACCGGGCCUCGAAAGAGCAAGGCUUUGGACGAGCUCGAUGCCUUCAUUCUGCGACAACAACCGCGGCCCUUGCCUGAUCAUCCGCCGCCACUCCACAUCCUCGCACCUCACCAAAUCCCGGCGCACCGACGCUUUGGUGGCGACCUCGAUGCCCUUUACGAAUCUUUCAACAUGUUGCAAGAUGAUGAAGGUGGUCUCGAGGACGAUGACUUGGAGACCUACAUCAAGCUCGACCAAAGAUGGCGUGCCGGUCUUCCAAUUCAUCCCGAAGCUGGCUCGACAACGCGGCACGCCGUUCAGAAGGUCCCUCGCAACAAAUCGCAUCAUGACCAUCUACUCGAAUCCGUCACUUCGAGCUAUUCACAGAUGCGACAAUACGCCAAGCUCAAGCAGCAGAAUUCUCGCAAAGUAGCUCGCAUGAUUGCGCAGCACUGGGAGCGUCAGCUCGGCACUUCGGAGCGCGAGAAGAAGGCCGAGGAACGUCGCCUUCGCGCAUUGGCCAAGUGGACUCUCCGCGAGGUGCUCAAGCAGUGGCGUCUCGCUGUCAACGUCGUCAGAGCAAGAAAGGCAGCCGCUGAGAAGGCAGAAAAGGAGAAGUCGGAUAAAGAGCAGCUCAACGCCAUUCUUGAGCAGAGUACCGCCAUGCUCAAGAAACAGCACGAGGUUAUGACGCGUGCCGACAGCUUGGAUGAUAGCGACGAUGAAGGAAGCGAUAGGACCAACUAUGGUAGCGAUGGGUCCGCUGAGUCCGAAAUCUCGGAUAUUGACGACGACGACAACCAACUGAUUCAGAUUCAGGAUGAGUUGCCGUCAGUGUCACCAGAGCAGUCUCUCGACAUGUUGACACCUGUUCCGGAGGAAGCCGACGGUAGCAAGGAUCGCGUAUCUAACACAACCGAUCAUGAAGCUGCCACUGCCAAUGGCGACCCUACUGUCGUCGUCGAAUCCGAAUCGCAACCUUCUCGAAGGCCCCAAAGGCGAACGGCUCGCACGAAGACUUUCAAAGCGAGAGAUUCGAAGCUGGAUGCGGACGACAUCGAGUUCAACGAUGCUGGUAACGAUGACGAACAGGAAGACGCUGAGCUUGAGAGGCAAAUGUUGGAAGAGGAUGAGGAGGACGACAGCGAAGACGCAGGGCUUGCAGCGGAUGCCAACAUACCCAUCGAAGAGCUGCUCAAGCGAUACGGCUACGGACAGGAAGCCGAUCAAGAUGCAGAGGACAGUGACGCUGGCGAGGAUGCUGUCAGCAAUGACGAUUCUCUUGAAAACUCUGCGACCAAAGACGGUAGCGAGGAUGUAGCAGCCGUUGCUUCAAUCAAGAUACAAGAAGACGCAGAGGUCGAAGAAGAGCGCCCAGUCCAAGAGGACAGUAUGCCAGACGAAGCAAUGGAUUUGGAGGACGAUGCAGUCUCGACAGCUCUCAAUCGACCGUCGGAUGCACUGCUCGUCGACGAUCAUAGCGAUGCAGAGUCUGCUGCUACGAGUGGACGUCGCAGCAGUCGUCGCUCCAUGACACGUGCUUCUUCCAUCGUCUCCUCGGAUCGACAUGCUACUCGUUUGCGCCAGCCCUUCCUGUUACGUGGACAGCUGCGCCCGUACCAACAGAUUGGCUUCGAAUGGCUAUGCAGCUUGUACGCCAACGGCGUCAACGGCAUCCUUGCCGACGAGAUGGGUCUAGGCAAGACCAUCCAAACCAUUUCGUUGCUUGCCCAUCUCGCCUGUGACAAAGGUGUCUGGGGCCCCCAUCUCGUCGUCGCACCCACCAGUGUCAUGCUCAACUGGGAGGUUGAAUUCAAAAAGUUUCUUCCUGGAUUUAAAAUCCUGUCGUACUACGGCAACCAGAAGGAGCGCAAGGAAAAGCGAAUUGGUUGGAACACUGAGAACAGCUUCAAUGUCUGCAUCACCAGCUACCAACUCGUGCUAGCCGAUCAGCACAUUUUCCGCCGCAAACCGUGGGUCUACCUUGUGCUGGACGAGGCACAUCACAUCAAGAACUUCCGAUCGCAACGAUGGCAGACGUUGCUUGGUUUCAACUCGCAACGACGGCUGUUGCUGACGGGUACGCCUCUGCAGAACAAUCUUAUGGAUCUGUGGUCGUUGAUGUACUUCUUGAUGCCGAACGGUGCUACCGAGUUACCUGGAGGUGGCGCAUUCGCAAAUAUGAAGGACUUCCAGGAUUGGUUCUCGAACCCACUCGACAAGGCGAUCGAAGGCGGUACGAGUAUGAACGACGAAACUCGUGCCAUGGUGCAGAAGCUGCAUGCUGUGCUGCGACCAUACCUCUUGCGUCGUCUCAAGAGCGAGGUGGAAAAAGAGCUACCAAGCAAGUACGAGCACGUCAUUACCUGUCGACUGUCCAAACGCCAACGAUUUCUGUACAAUGAUUUCAUGUCGCGUGCCAAGACGCGCGAGAGUUUGGCGAGCGGCAACUACCUCAGCAUCAUCAACUGCUUGAUGCAGCUGCGCAAGGUGUGUAACCAUCCGGACUUGUUCGAGGUGCGACCGAUUGUCACCAGUUUUGCCAUGUCGAGAUCGGUGGUUGCGGAUUACGAGAUCAAGGAUCUUCUUGUGCGACGUCGGUUGCUGCAGGAGAAUGUUUGGGAAAAGGUGGACUUGGACGUGACCAACUUGCGCAUCACGGAUGGUGAAGAGCAUCUGACAGCGAUCGAAUCGCGCGAUCUGCGCCGGUUGAAUGCGGCCAAGAAGCUACCACACUUCCGCGAAGCGGUGCCGGAACCUCGGGAACUCGAUACGUGGACGCUGGAAGGAUUCGAGCGUUCGAGAGAGCAACGAAAGCUGGUGGAUCGGAUGGAGAAAUGGAAGCACAUGGCGUAUCUGAACCAGUACCGCUGUACCAAGCGACCGAUUUACGGAUCUGGGUUGAUCAAGAUGCUUACAGAGGCAGGCGAGGCGGCGCGAUUGGAGCCGCUGGAGCAGCAUGAGUCGGAUCGAAGAGGCUUCCUCACUCGCUGUGACUCUGUACUGCGCAUCGUGCAGUCCCGAUCUACGCGGCGAGAAAACAUGCAAGCUCUGAUCGACCGUUUUGCCUUCGUCACGCCACGCGCAGUUGCGGUCGACAUGCCUCGUUGGGCGCUGCCCGGGUUGGAAGCUCAUCAACGACCCGACAUGGUCAAGCGUGAGUUUGACACUGUCCAUCCAGUCGCGGUGAAGCUUCAUAUCGCGUUUCCCGACGCCUCACUGCUCCAAUACGAUUGUGGUAAGCUUCAACAACUCGACAUCUUGAUGCGUCGGCUGAAAGAGGGAGGACAUCGAAUUCUCAUCUUCACCCAGAUGACGCGCGUGCUGGACAUUCUCGAGUCGUUCCUCAACUACCACGGCUACCGGUAUCUGCGUCUGGAUGGAGCGACCAAGGUUGAGUCGCGACAGGCGUUGACGGAACAGUUCAACCGAGACGCGCGCAUUUCGGCAUUCAUUCUUUCGACGCGUUCGGGCGGGUUGGGGAUCAACCUAACUGGAGCGGACACGGUUCUCUUCUACGACCUGGACUGGAAUGCGGCGAUUGAAGCGCAGUGCAUGGAUCGAGCGCAUCGCAUAGGUCAAACGCGCGAUGUGCAUAUCUAUCGCUUUGUCACUGAGCACACGAUCGAAGAAAACAUGUUGCGCAAAGCCAACCAGAAGCGACUGUUGGACAACGUGGUGAUCCAACAGGGCGAGUUCAACACCGAGACGCUGGCCAAGCGGCUGGAUUGGACGGACAUGUUGGACGAGAGUGGCAAGAUUGGCGAUGUCGAGGUGGUGGUGGCCGAUCAGGGUGUAGGGGCGAGGGACGUAGAGAGCGCGUUUUUGCAGGCCGAGGACGACGAGGAUCGUCAGGCGGCGUUGAGGGCUAGGCACGAGAUGUUUAUCGACGAUGCCGACUUUGAGGAGCACCAGCCCAGCACGAGCAGGCCCAACACCGCAUCGGCGACUCCGCUUGCCCAUACCGCGAGCGACGGCGCGCGACCUGACAAUGGCGCGCACGCUGCAGACGCACUAGACGCCCACGAAAUCGAGAACGAGCACCAAGAGCAAGAGCAAGAGCAGGAGCAGGCCGCAUCUAUCGACGAUUACAUGCUGGCGUUUGUCGAAUCUGAUUGGCCCUUUUUCGCUUGA